ACACAUCUUUGACCAACGCAGAUUUGUUAGGUCAUUGUGGUAAUCCUCUGGGCAACUCUCGUUAUUGAAUCCAGCAUCUGUUAGAGCUCCCCGGAUCCCUCUCAGCUAGCUACUCUAACAUCUCCCACCGCAACUUCAUAGGCCUAUCACUCUCCCGCCCUCCGACACGAUCAACAAUUCCUUUCAGCACAAGGCCAUCUUAGCUGCGACAACAAGGUACUGCCGAACAUGGCCACGCUAAAUCUCUCCGUAAACGGACCCUCCAUCAAGAGCAGCUAUCAAGGAGUCAUCAACGCUCCAGCUCCCCCCUCUGGCAGCUCUUCAACCUAUGCCCAAUGGGCUCUAUUCUACGUCCAAGCUCCGCUGGCGAAUGCCUUCCAAGAGAGCGGGGCCAAAGAAAGCGUCCUAAAGGUCCAGUCCACCGGCUCUGGUGAGCUAGAAGAGCUAUUUGAGGAUUUCAACGAGGGUCGUAUCCAAUUCGCCUUUCUCAAAGUCAAGGAUCCGAACACGGCCCUACCUAAACAUGCCCUAAUCGCCUGGUGCGGCGGCGGCGUCCCUGAGCGGACGAAGGGCUACUUCACAAGCCAUCUAAAUGCUGUUACCAAAAUCCUCCAUGGAUAUCACGUACAAAUCACUGCUCGUUCCGACACCGACCUCGAACCUGCCAACAUCCUCCAGAAAAUCGCUGACGCGUCCGGCGCUAAGUACACAGCUGGUGGGGGUGCACCGAUAAAAACAGGAGGAGCCCCUCCUCCCCUUAAAUCGAAGCCCGUCUUCGCUACCCCAUCCAGUUCCAGCUCUUUUAACCCCAUCGUAGCUGCACGAAACGCAAGCCUGAGGAAAGGGGGCGAUGAUGGCUGGGGCGAUGACGCACCGCAGGUGACUCGGACCGAACUUCAGAAGGUGGAGUCGGCAUACAAGCCAACAAAGGUUAACAUGGCGGAGCUGAUAGGCCAGAAGCAAGAGCCUUCGAGAGUAGCCAGUUCGACCAAGCAGGAAGAUCAGUCGAGGGAUGUAAUAAGGGGUGGGUACCAGCCGGUCGGUAAGGUUAACAUCGCCGCUAUCCGAGCCGCCGCCAAGGAAAAGCAGGAUGACCGGCCAACGCCUGUCAAGGGCGCUUACGAGCCGGUUGGCAAAGUUGACAUCGCCGCGAUCCGAGCUCGUGCCCAGAAGCCAACUGAGGCCGAGCCAGCGGCGGCAGAUGACGAGCCGCCCAAAUCCCUGGCAGAGCGAAGUGCAGCAUUCCAUCAGGCUGAGCGCAUCACGGAGUUGCCCAAACCCAAGGUCGCUAAGAAGUGGAGCGGCGCCUCCACAUUCGCAGGCACUAAGGCUCCUACUCCGGGGGCCCUCGGUUUCGGCGGCCCCUCACCGGCUGCGAGCGUCGUACCUGUUGGAUCCGCAAGCCGAACCUUUGCGGACCAAGGGGGAAAGACGCCAGCACAGCUUUGGGCAGAGAAGAAGGCACAGCAGGGCAGUAUCAGUAAACCCGUGACAACUCCCGUUGUUGCCCAGAGGAGUGGAGGAGCCGGAUGGCAGAGCGGUUACACGGGCAAGAGCUGGGCGCCCGUUCAGACGGGAUCAUACGCCCGUGGCAUCUCGGGGCAGAAAGAUGACGAAAACGAAGCCAGCCAAGAGGCCCCGGCGUCCCCGCCGCCAAACAUUGGCGCUCUGCGAGAUCGUUUCAAGGAUGCCCCCCCGAUCACGGCGACUCCAUCACCUCCCUCGGCACCGAGGGCGCCGAUACCCGUGGAGGAGAACGAGCCGGCGCCGCCCCCGCUCCCUACGAGUACGCGACCUUCGGAUGGUACUCCUACGGGAGGCUUUGCCCUUCCCGGGAUGCCUCCUCGUCCGCCGCCCGAAGAAGAAGAGGAAGAGGAGCGUGGGCGAUCGCCAUCGCCCGUCCGCGUGGCGGUGCCCGUUCCUCGCGGACCCGAGCCUGAGAUUGAACCGGCGCAAGAGCCUCCUCGAUCGCUGCCCGUCCGACCGAUAGAGCAAGCGCACCCCCAAGAAGAACUACCGGAGGAACGGGAAACCGUAGACCCGCGUGCCGUCGCUGCUGUUGUCGCCGAGACCCAGUUCAAGCAUGAACCAGCUGUAGCAGAGGUGCCAGCUGCCUCGAGCGGAGGCAAGCGCGCCCUCAUCCAGUACGACUAUGAGAAGGCCGAGGACAACGAGCUGGAGCUCCGUGAGGGCGAGUACGUCACGGAUAUCGAAAUGGUGGACGAAGACUGGUGGAUGGGGACCAACGCUCGAGGCGAGACCGGGCUAUUCCCCAGCAACUACGUGGAGCUCGUCGAGGAUGAGGCCGAGCAAGCGGCGCCCACGCCGGCAGCUAGCCAUACGGCAGCGGUGCCCCCGUCGGCCCCGGCCGCCGAGCCGGUGCCUGAACCAGCAGCGGAUGGCGGGCACACGGCAACCGCGCAAUUCGAUUACGAGGCCGCGGAAGACAACGAACUGAGCUUUCCGGAGGGGGCCAAGAUUACCAACUUGGAAUUCCCAGACGACGAUUGGUGGUACGGUUUCUACAAGGGGAAAUCGGGGCUGUUCCCGGCCAACUAUGUGCAGCUAGACCAGUGACGUUGCUGCUCACCUCGUUAUCCUCCUUCCACCACCUUCCUAUGACACCGUCGCGGAAACACGCCAGAUUAGAUGUCGAACGCAUGAUGACGUGGAGAUGCGAAACGAUUGCAGAAGUCUUGUCUCUUUCCCGAUUUAUGUUUUCUUCUC